AUGACGAGCUACAGAUACACUGAUGAGAUGAUCGAGUUUGUCCUCGAGAGGACAGUUCCGACGGAGCCAGUUCCCCGAGGAAAGAAGAGGGCGCUGUACGAAGAGACGGCUCAGCUGUUUGUCCAGAAAUUUCCUAAUUUUGGAAACCCCGUCAAAUAUGCUCAGAUCAAGUACAUCACCGAUCACUUCGGCAGCAGUGCGGAGUUUGGCAACCCGAAAGGAAACAUCAUCUACCAUGAUCCUACGAAGGACCGUGUCUCGAAGGCUAUGACCAGUCGUCCAGAGCCGACACAAACUGCUGUACAAAAUAGAAAGAGCAAAUGCGUCCUUUGCCACCAUUGUAGUGGAAAGGGAUUUUUGGAAGUGAGUGAGGAGCCAGCUGGUCCCGGCGAUACUUCGCCCACAAACCUACCGACACCUAUAACUCCUUACCCGAAUCUGGCUACUGUUCCCAUGGGAACGAAAUCGUAUCAGGGCUCAGAAUCAGCUGCCAGUAUCCAUGGAACACCAAUUGCCACAUCCACUGCGCUUCCUACUCCAAUCACUUACCAUCGUCCAUCACAAUUUGGCCCGUUACUUCAGCAGCAAAGCCCCCAUCCUCUAGCCACCCCGUCAGUACCUCUACGAGCCGGCAUGCGUGAGGGAGUUCAGCAAAGCACGACAGUACGCAACACUCCUGCUUCCUCGGUCCCGAAGGCCGUUUGGUCCACGAUUAGCGCUGGACAGGAAGCAAUUAUGUCGCCGAAAGCGAGGCCGGUUGCUGCUGAUGGGGUCCGAACAAAUGGUAACGGCGCUAUGACACGGGUAAAUCGCAAUGUUGUGGUGAAUGAAGCAGCGAGGAACUUCCAGAACCAAAUCGCAAUGCAAAGAAAGUCCUUAGGCAUGACCCAACAACGUACAUAUACAGGACAGAACAGACCCACUGCCAUGGAUAUGGGGACACCGGCCAGGCCGGUUCCUGGCCAAGUGAGUCAGAUAGCGACUCCAAACAGAUACCAGCCUGUUAGCCGAGCAAGCGGGGGAGGUAUUAUACCUCAGACUGCCCGACCCGCCCCGACACAGCCAGCCUCGACACAGCCAAUUCCGACGGCUGAUAGGAUCAAGAGGCUGAUGCCGCCGAUGGGACAGAACUCAGCAUCGCGGGCAUUAGAAGCUCCCACACAUGGUACUUCUCUCAAGCGACCCCGACCCAAUGAUGAAGUGAAUGUGGGCAUUCCUGCUGAAAAUAUGGGGCAUACCGGAGCACAGGAAUACAAGCCGAUGGCAAACGAGCCGGCUUCGAAGAAGCGUAAGACUGAUACGAAGGAGGACUCUACCUUGAUGAACGAUAACGGAAACCAAAGCGCGUCGGUCGGAUCGGUUCAGGAACUGGAGCCCUCUUGGGACAGUUACCUGAACGAAAUUACCAGCAACUUCUUCUCCGACGAGGUCGGAUUGAGCUACGGCCAAGACCAGGUUCCGACGGACAGCUCUGGACCUGGCCUCGGACUUGACGCUGGAAAUGACUUUCAGGUUGAUCAGAACCCUGCCAACCAAGAUGCUGGUUUAGUUACUUCAACUAUGGCUGAGAAAUGUACAUUUGAUCUCGAAGCCCCUGAAACCGCCGAGACCCCCCAGGCCCCCGAAGCCCCCGAAGCCCCUGAAGCCCCUGAAGCCCCCCAAGAUCCUCAAGACCCUCAAGACUCCGAGGAAAUCGACAUAAUCCAGGAUUUCUUGAAUAAUCACGGCGGUGAUCUUGACUACCAACUAAACGAUCUAUUCGAGGAGGACAACGCUGCUGCUGCAGAUGCCGAGUUUGAGUACCCGGAUAUAUUUGGCUUAUAG